CCAGUUACUGGCCUGAUCUUGGAUCCUCUGAUCUCUUCUGUGACCGCACCACGCCCGAGAUGAAUCUACGUUCUGUAUUUACUGUAGAACAACAAAGGAUUUUACAGCGUUAUUAUGAAAAUGGAAUGACAAAUCAAAGUAAAAAUUGCUUUCAGCUCAUAUUACAGUGUGCACAGGAGACUAAGCUGGACUUCAGUGUAGUCAGGACGUGGGUUGGCAAUAAGCGAAGAAAAAUGAGUAGUAAGAACUCUGAAUCAGGAACAACAGGAACUGUUUCUGGUACUUCAUUGGCAGGUCCAGACAUUACAGUCAGAAAUGCAGUUAAUAUUGCUCACCCCUCAAGUCAACAGUCUUCUUGGAGUUCAGCCAAUAAUGAUGUCAUUGUAACUGGUAUAUAUAGUCCAGCAACUUCUUCAAAUAGACAAGGGGCAAGCAAACAUACAAAUACACAAAUUACAGAAGCACAGAAAAACCCUUUUCAGAAAGCAGCCAGUAAAAAUGACACUGAGUUUCAGUUGCACAUGCCUGUUCAAAGACAGGUAGCACACUGUAAAAAUGCAUCUCUGCUCCUAGGAGAAAAAACAAUUAUUUUGUCAAGACAGACAAGUGUACUAAAUACUGGAAACUCAGUGUACAAUCACACAAAAAAAAACUACGGGAGCUCUCCAGUUCAUGCUUCUGAAAUGACAGUACCUCAAAAGCCAUCUGUGUGCCACAGACCUUGCAAAAUUGAACCAGCUGGGAUUCAGAAGUCCUAUAAGCCUGAACAUACAGGACUGGCAUCACAUAACUUAUGUGGGCAAAAGUCAACUAUUAGAGACCCUUACUGUAGAACACAAAACUUAGAAAUUCGUGAAGUGUUUUCAUUGGCAGUCAGUGAUUACCCUCAGAGAAUUCUGGGAGGAAAUACCACACAGAAGCCUAGCUCUGCAGAAGGGACUUGUUUGUCCAUUGCAAUGGAGACUGGCAAUGCAGAGGAUGAAUAUGCCAGGGAGGAAGAGUUGGCAUCGAUGGGAGCACAGAUCACAAGCUACUCAAGGUUUUAUGAAAGUGGCAGUUCCCUUCGAGCUGAAAACCAAAGUUCAACAUUGCCUGGACCAGGAAGAAACCUACCAAAUUCACAAAUGGUGAAUAUUAGAGAUUUGUCAGAUAAUGUACUGUAUCAGAAUAGAGACUACCAUCUGACACCACGGACCUCAUUACAUACAGCAUCUAGUACAAUAUACAGUAAUUCAAAUGCAUCACGGGGUAAUUUUUCUCCUCAUUUUGCAUCAUCAAACCAAUUGAGGUUAUCACAAAGCCAAAACAAUUACCAGAUUUCAGGAAACCUUACUGUGCCUUGGAUUACAGGGUGUUCUAGAAAAAGAGCACUACAGGACCGCACUCAGUUCAGUGACCGAGACUUAGCCAUGCUUAAGAAGUACUGGGACAAUGGUAUGACCAGCUUGGGCUCUGUUUGCAGAGAAAAGAUUGAAGCUGUUGCAACUGAGUUAAAUGUUGACUGUGAAAUAGUUCGGACUUGGAUUGGGAAUCGGAGAAGAAAAUAUCGUUUAAUGGGAAUUGAAGUUCCACCUCCAAGAGGUGGUCCUGCUGAUUUCUCUGAGCAGCCUGAGUCUGGUUCUUUGUCUGCACUCACACCAGGAGAGGAAGCUGGCCCUGAAGUAGGAGAGGAUAAUGACAGAAAUGAUGAAGUCUCCAUCUGUUUGUCCGAAGGAAGCUCUCAAGAAGAGCCCAAUGAAGCUGUUCUGAAUGAAACAAGGGCUCAUAAGGAUGAAGACCAUGCAGUAUCUGCAGAUAAUGUGAAAAUAGAAAUUAUUGACGAUGAAGAAAGUGACAUGAUAAGUAAUUCCGAGGUAGAACAAGUAAAUUCUCUCCUGGAUUACAAGAAUGAAGAAGUCAGAUUCAUUGAAAAUGAACUAGAGAUUCAAAAGCAAAAAUACUUUAAACUCCAGACUUUUGUCAGAAGCCUGAUACUAGCAAUGAAAGCUGAUGACAAGGAACAACAGCAGGCACUGCUGUCAGAUUUACCUCCUGAAUUAGAAGAGAUGGAUUUCAAUCAUGUCUCACCAGAUCCUGAUGAUACCUCAUUCAGUGUGUCUUCUUUAUCAGAGAAAAAUGCCUCAGACAGUUUGUGAUUUGAGUGGGGAUAUGUGAUGUAGUUUUUUUGGCUGCCUGACAGGUGUGCAUUCCAAGACAACUACAUUCUAAUGUCUCAGUAAUCUUUAACUGGAAAAAAAAAGUAUUGUUAAACAGACAUUUUCUGUG